AUGAGUGAGAAUCAUGUUGCCGCAGAAUUGGUGGCUUCCGCUGAAAAGCCCCCACUUUCCUCGAGGAUCGGGAGAGACCCACCAUUCGUAUUCGGACAAAGGUUUUUGACUGAAGACGCAGAUGUUUUCAAUCAUAAUGCAUGGGAUAAUGUAGACUGGGAUGAGAGGCAAAUUGAGCAGUUUCAAGAAAGUAUUUUGAAGCAGAAGGAGAGCCCAGUGUCUGAUUUCAACAAAACAGAAUACAACUCAAAACCAAAGAAAUAUUGGGAUCUUUUUUACAAGAACAACAGAGAAAACUUCUUUAAAGAUCGGAAAUGGUUACAGAUCGAGUUUCCGAGUAUUUUUGAGUGUACUAAGAAAGAGUCCGGUCGGAAGACGAUUUUGGAAAUUGGUUGUGGAGCAGGAAACACGAUGUACCCUAUUUUAAGCAAGAAUGAGAACCCUAAUUUGCGAGUAUUUGGAUGUGACUAUUCGGACAUCGCAGUUGACCUUGUACGUGGGAACGAAAAUUUCGAAAGAUUGCAUGAUUCGGGGAACUGCUAUAGUAGUGUGUGGGAUCUGGCCAAUGAAGAAGGUAAUAUUCCAGAGGAUUUGGAAGAUAACGGUGUUGAUAUUGCGGUUAUGGUUUUUGUGUUUUCUGCGUUGAGCCCUAAACAGUGGGAACAAGCCAUAUCGAACCUGAAGAAAGUGAUGAAACCUGGAGGGCUUAUUUUGUUCCGUGACUAUGGAAGGUACGAUUUGGCACAGAUCAGGUUCAAAAAGAAUCGGCUCUUGGAUGAGAACUUUUACGUACGUGGAGAUGGUACCAGGGUGUAUUUUUUCACCGAGGAAGAGUUGCGUGAGAUAUUCUGCACCAGGGGUGGAUUUAUCGAGGAGAAGAUUGGAUCUGAUAAACGGCUGUUGGUGAAUCGGAAGAAGCAGUUAAAAAUGUACAGAUGCUGGUUGCAAGCCGUGUUCAAAGUGCCUGAGAUAUAG